AUGGCGACUCGAGCUUCAGGGAAAGGCUCUGUAUCUUACAGUUUUCUUCAUAAUUUAAGUUCAGUAGAUGUCCUUUUUGACGAAAGUAAGAAAAAACCAAGAACACGGACUGUUGGGGUUUUUGAGGCAGAACAUGUUAUAGCGCGAAGAAAGGAUAGAAAGGUGCGUGGUUGGCAAUUUUACACUAUUCAUACUAUAAAAUAUAAAUUAUAUGCGGAAUGUUUAUAACAUGUUGUUUUUAAAUAGCUACGAAAUAGCGAGUCUUGUGCUUAUUUAACUUUGCUCUUGGUAGUUUUGUGGCUUAUAGUGUAAUUACUGUUUACAUUUCAAUAUGCAGGGCUCUAUUAAGUACUUGGUGAAAUGGAAGGGAUAUUCCUCGUUUGAAAAUACCUGGGAGCCAGAAGAACACCUUUCACCAGCUUCUUUGAGGUAAGAUCUGGUCAAAUUCGGAUUAGUUAUAAUUCCUUUUUAAAUGUGUCCUGAAAAUCUUAGCAGUAAUAAAGUUGAUUUAUAUUCCCAAGGAAUCAAGUUGAUUCAAAUCAAGGGUUAAAAUGAUCAUUUUAAAAAAAGUUGUUUCAGACUAAAUUUUGUUCUAAAUUAAUAAAGACAUAAAGCAAGCCUGGUGGAUAUGUUGGUUAUAGUUUUGAAAUAUGUAUAAUUACACAUUUUGUGAUACAUAUUCAUCAUCUCUCCCCUAGAUAUUUUACUAAUCCUCAUCCAACACCAACUAUUGUGAAGGAAUGUUUAGACAGGCUAAGAGCUAUGGCGAUGGUUGCCCUAAAACACAAAUGGUUGGAACAGAAGAUAAUUCUUGAGUUCAGUCAUGAUGUGAACAAUUUUUUGUUUCAGGGGGGGGGAAGGCAAGCCAGCUGAGAAAAGAGGUUGGACUGUGUAUGAAGAGCAGGACUUCUCAAAGUGCAAAUUUCCUGCCAAUUAGAAUUGCAUCCAUAUAUGACCAGCAUGUUGAUGCUUCCAAAAUCAAGUUUCCAAUAAAGAUGAGGGCAUUCUUAGGUCGCACACCUGCAGGCUGCUCCAUUUACUGUUCUAAAUGUUCUAGAACACUGUUCUGGAACAUUUCAUAAUGGAAUGAACCAGAGUAUUUUGAAUUGAUUUUGAACAAAAUCAUACUCGGCCCAUACCCUGUGCUCAUCGUAAAAUAAAUAAAGAUGGUGGACCAAUUAUUACCAAUACUUUUUGCUGUGAUGGAAGAAGCUGACUUUGAAGAAAAAUAUGAUGAUAAUAAUAUGGAAAAGUUUUUUUGCCACAGCUAUUGCUAUGUAGGUUUUUUUGUUGCAUUUGAAGGAAACUAAAUUGAGUUUUUAUUGCUAAAAGGAAUAAACAAUUACCACUAUAGUCAAUAUAUUUGUUUAUAUUAUAGGCCAAAUUUUUUCACAAAAAGAUAAACAAACUAUUGGUAUAAAAAAUAAACAUGUAUAAUUCUUUAAGAUAUGACUGUGUCUGAUAUAUCAGUUGUUUUGUCAUGACACUUCUCUUUAUUUUAAACAAGGGUUCGAGAAGAUAGAACAAAAGUUGGCAAUUAUGCAGAAUUGACGAUACCCAGUUAUCUUAUAGACGAUUUUCAGAGAUUUUUCAGGAUUUCAAGAGGGACAUUUGAAGUUAUUCUCAGAAAUAUAGCCGUUUAUCUUACACCUGAUAUUGGAAGAGCUGCUAUAACUCCUGAAAAACACUUAUUAAUUACUAUUUGGUUUAUAUCACACCAGGAUACAAUUCACAGAAUGAGCGAUAGAUUCAGUGUUACAGAUUCAUCCAUUAUCAGAUGCAGAGACAGAGUUUUCACUGUUGUUUUGAGAUACUUAAAAACAAAAUUUAUCUACUUACCCAAAGAUUAUAAUGUAAAAGUCCAAAUAAUGGAUGAGUAUAGGAUUGGGUCUCAGUUCCCAAAUAUGUUAGGAGCUAUUGAUG